GGUAGCUACCGAACCAAUAUCAGCUCUGUUUGCCGACUUCUUUUUCUCCUUCCCGUGCUACACAGUUUAUCUAAAUCAAGCAUGCCCUUUUUCACUCUCAUAGACUCCCAGCAAAAGUCGAAACGAAGAAAAGAAACGAGUUAGCCUGACUGAGCGAAACAGAAGCGAAGUCGCAGUGAUUGCUCUUGUCGCCUAGCUAGUAGCCUCCCUGCCCAGUUACUAACGUUAGCUCUUCUCCGUCUUGUGUCCCUCUCUUCCUAUCUCUGUCAGUUCGGCUCAGUAGUUUAGCAGGCUAGUACGGAGAGACGAGGGCUGCUCCCUUUCGCCUCUGCUCAGUCUGCCCAGCACACCACCACCAUAGAUUCCGCACCAUGGCUGCCACAGACGUUGACGUAUUUUCGAAUGAAGAGAAGCGUAGCCUGAGUUUGGGCGGACAUGUUGGAUUUGACAGCCUCCCUGACCAACUGGUCAGUAAAUCGGUCACACAGGGAUUUUGUUUUAACAUUCUCUGUGUAGGGGAGACUGGUAUCGGCAAGUCAACGUUAAUGAACACGCUCUUCAACACCAUGUUUGAGAACGAAGAGGCGAGCCAUUAUCAGAAUGGCGUGUAUCUGCGGCCGCGAACAUACGACCUGCAAGAAAGCAACGUCCACCUCAAACUGACGAUUGUCGACACUGUUGGCUUCGGCGAUCAGAUCAACAAAGAGGAUAGUUACAAGCCGAUCGUUGACUACAUCGACACUCAGUUUGAAAACUAUCUCCAGGAAGAGCUUAAGAUCAAGCGCUCGCUGUUUAACUACCACGACACCAGGAUCCACAUCUGCCUUUAUUUCAUUGCCCCGACAGGACACUCCCUCAAGUCUCUGGACCUCGUCACAAUGAAAAAACUGGACAGCAAGGUUAACAUAAUUCCCAUCAUUGCCAAAGCGGACACAAUCUCCAAGAGUGAGCUCCACAAGUUCAAAAUAAAGAUUAUGAGUGAGCUGGUGAGCAACGGUGUCCAGAUAUAUCAGUUCCCAACAGACGAUGAAGCAGUCAGUGAGAUCAACGCCUCCAUGAACGCCCAUCUGCCGUUUGCUGUGGUUGGGAGCGUGGAAGAGGUCAAAGUGGGGAAUAAGACAGUGAGGGCCAGACAGUACCCCUGGGGUGUCGUGCAAGUCGAGAACGAGAGUCAUUGUGACUUUGUAAAGCUCAGAGAGAUGCUGAUCAGGGUCAACAUGGAGGAUCUGAGGGAGCAGACCCACGCCCGCCACUACGAGCUGUACCGACGCUGUAAGCUGGAGGAGAUGGGCUUCAAAGAUACAGAUCCUGACAGCCAGCCAUUCAGUCUUCAAGAGACAUAUGAGGCCAAGAGGAAAGAGUUCUUGGGGGACCUGCAGCGUAAAGAGGAAGAGAUGCGACAAAUGUUUGUCAACAAAGUAAAAGAGACGGAAGCAGAACUGAAAGAAAAGGAGAGAGAGCUGCACGACAAGUUCGAGCAGCUGAAGCGAAUGCACCAGGAGGAGAAGAGGAAGGUGGAGGAGAAGCGGAAAGACCUGGAGGAGGAGAUGAACGGCUUUAACAAGAAGAAGGUGGCAGCUGAGACGCUCUCCUUAUCUCAGCCCCUCAAGAAAGACAAGGACAAGAAAAAUUAAUUUAUGGGCGCUGUAUACCCUUCCACACACGACCAUGGAUUUGUCCUCCAUCACCAUAGCAACGACAACACCUGUUUGUUUUGUUUUGAUUUGUUUGUUUGUUUAUUUGUUUUGACAUUCCAUCUUGACAUUGUGCACAUGGACCAAAGACACUGAGGAUGAUGAUGGUCAUGAUGAAGCCACAGGGGAGAAAAGAGUGAAAGAUGGUGAGAGAUAAUGAGGAAUAAAUGUUCACUUGCCAACAGUGGCCAUCUCAUUUAUUCAGGAUCUUUCUAUUCUAUGUUUUUUUAUAUAUAUAUAUAUAUAUAUAUAUAUAUAUAUAUAUAUAUAUAUAUAUAUAUAUAUAUAUAUAUAUAUAUAAUAUUUGUUUUUCUAUGUUCUGAUUUAAAGAUUUUCUGUUGUUUUUUGUGUUUUGCCAUCAACUAUUCACACAGAAACAAGAGGUUCAAGCCCUUCAAACCUUUUGGUACGAUAGUGUAACACUGGGCAAGUCAUUUGAAACCGUUCUGUAUGUAUUUUUAAAAAAAGGUAGGGUCUGCUUGAUUUGAAGGACUGACAUUUAAUUGAAGAUAUAAGUGAAAUCAAGCCUUUCCUAAAGUUUUUAUUUUUUUAAAUACCUGAGCUGUUUGAAAUGUUGUCCAGGUGUGGUGUGUCUGUUAACCUUUAGCCUUUAGAUUAAGUACAUUUCACAGUAGAAUAAAUCCCUGUAUCAAAUGAGCCCAAAUAAUACAUUUAAAUAGCAAUAAAACUGAGUACCUGUAUACUGCAUAUAUCACUGCAUAUACAUAGGUACUGACUACCUAAAACUUAUUCUUAAGUCUUAAUAAAAACUUAUGCAAUAUUCUGGUGCUGUUUCAUAUUAACUCAAUAAAUGUAUGUGAAUAUUUUCUAGCGUUUACCCAGCUUCAUAUGCAAAAUGUAAUAGUUUUUGAAUAUGAUAUUAUUGUAAGAAGCACAUAUGACGAUGUACAUUGUCCAUAAGUAAUGUAACUUUAUUGUAAACCAUAAGUGAUCGCCUUGAUGUGAGGUGAGUGUUGUGACAGUGGACCCACACAAACAUGAAGACAGUGUGUGUGUGUGUGUGUGUGUGUGUGUGUAUAUAUGUGUAUACACACACACACACACACAAGUAUUCAGGAAAACAUACAAGCCUCAGCUCGCUGUAGAAGAGUUUACACUCAGAGAUGGAGAAGAGAGCAGCUGUAUUUACUGUCUGUCGUUUGGUAAUAAAUGCAAACCCCCUCCCGA